GGCUUUAAAGAAUCCAGUUGAGAUAUUGUCUGUAACUAGGAAACUUCUUGACUUGACGGGAGGAUUUUUAUUUCCUUACUGUUGCUCGCUGUUAAAGAGAAGAAUGGGCAUCUGUAGUGUAAUUUUCCCAUAGGAUUUCAAUGUCUCGCUUGUAGAUAUAAUAGAAGCCUUACAUUAGAUCAUCUUCUGAACUGAUGGAAACAACAAGAUGUGAGGUUGCUUUUGCUUUUUGACAUGAUAUCUCCUGAAAACCUUGCAAUAGUCAUCUCUUCAUCACUAUUUUUCUUUAAUAUGCAUUACUUUUCACACAAAAAAAAAACUAUUUACUCUUUAGUAUGUAUGCCCAUCUCUUCAACUUGCUUAAGCUUUCAGCAAUUGGUUGUCCAGAAUGGAAGGCAUAAGUUCUUUGCCUCUGGAUUUGCACACUGCUGCCGAUGGUGAGGAUCCUUUUGGAGAGUCAAGGUGGAUCGCCUGUAGAAAGUCUGGAAAUUUUCAUGUCUGGAUUCAGACGAGAAAAUCAAAAUCUACAGCAAGAUGGUGCCAGGAUUGCAGAGAUUUUCAUCAAGCUAAAGAUGGAGAUGGAUGGGUUGAACAAUCUUCCCAACCGUUCUUUUUUGGAAUUUUGCAGAAGGUUGAUGCACCUCGUGCAUGUGUUUGCGCUGAUUAGCAAGUUAUAUGAUGCAACUGAAUGGUAUAUUUGUCAGGGGAUGAGAUCUCCAGUCAAUACUCACAAACCAAGCUUCCAUGUGAACACGAGUUUCAAGGCAAAACAUAACAAUGGGAAGGGAACUAGCCCAGGGCGAUCGAAGAGGAGCUUCAAUGCCAUCAUCAAUCAUCAUCAUCUAAUCUUGAAGAGAACAUGA